AUGUGGACUGAUCUUCUUUUACAAGGCGCUAUGAUUCUCGUUGCAAUCUUCAUGUUCCUCGCUAUGCACGAUAUCCCCAAAAAGAUCUUCACGAGAAUCCGUUACCGGGACCGGGCCAACUUCCAAGCUAAGCGCCAUUUCGUCCUCGGAGCCCAGCUCCUUGAUCAGGCCAGAUCCUCCAAGUCUCGUUCAUCGAGCACCUCUUUAGCCAAACAAGCCGAAUCCGAAGCUGACAAAGCCAUUUCUCUUGACCCAAAAGACGCUGCCGCUUACAUCCUUAAAGCCCUGGCCCUUGACAUACAGGGCUUCAAGACCUCCGCUCUUGACUCCCUCAACGUCGCUCUCUCCCCUCUGGCUUCCAAGUCGUUGACUGAUAAAGAACGAGGCGACGCGCUGUUUAAACGAGCCGAGUUGAAGAUGACCAUGAACCGGCCCGACAGCCUCGUCGACUCAGCGAUCGACGAUUUGACCGAAGCUGUAGAUUUGAGUGCGGAUAACGUCAAGGCGUUUUGUCUGUUGGGAGAGUGUUAUGAAAUGAAGAAGAUGAAAGCGGAAGCUAAAGCGGCUUUCGCUAGGGCUCUUGAGGUCGAGCCUAACUCCAAAAUCGCUCGUGCCGCCCUUGACCGAUUGGGCUCAUACUUAGUUGGAGAUCAUCAUUACGAGUUAGAACAGACAAUUUGCAAAAUGAUGCCGCAAUUAACCAAUUUUGAGGAUGAUCCUAACUAA